CGCUUUUACCAAAGCUGAGCCAUAAAGCUAGUGUCAUAAAGGGAAAAGGCAAAAAAAGAAAAGGAAUUAAAAAAGGGGGGACCAAAGAGCUUACACACUACGAGCACUCACUCCAAUUUUAGUCCGUACUACUACUACUCAACUACUGAAUACUGAUCUCCUUCAGAAACUGAGAGAAAGAGAAAACACAAACAACUGCUGCAAUUUCUCAGAAAACCCGAAAAAAAAAAAAAAAAAAAACCAAUAAAAAAAAACCCAAAAAAAAAAAAAAAGAAAAAGAGACAGCAUUUCCAUUUCCCGCAUCUCCUCUUUCUCUCUCCUCUUUUUUUGUGAAUGAUCACUCUGACAGUAGCCAAACCCCCAUUAUUUCUCUUAAUUCCUCUCUAAUUUUAUACUAUUCUUCUUCAAUUUUUGGGGAAAAAAAUUGUAGAUUAUCACGUUUUUUUAUUUUCUUCUUUUUGUGUAGAAUUAUUUGUAAAAACCCAAAAAAAAAAUAGACCCAGAAUUCUCGAUUUUUCAGUAGAAAAAAAGAGGGGAAAAAAUGGAGUUGUAUGGAAGAAAUCAGGGUUCCGAGGUGGAUCCGCCAGCUGAAUGGGGGGAAACUGGACUCGAAGAGUCUAUGUGGAGAUUGGGUCUUUCGGGUCGAGAGACGUACCCGGAACGGCCUGGUGUAUCUGAUUGUGUCUAUUACAUGCGUACUGGGUUCUGUGGAUUCGGUACCCGUUGUCGUUACAAUCAUCCUCGUGAUCGUGCCGCGGCUGUUGCGGCUGCAAGAUUAGUUGGAGGAGAGUACCCUGAACGUCCUGGUGAACCUAUAUGCCAGUAUUAUCUAAAGACUGGAACUUGUAAAUUUGGUACUACUUGCAAGUUUAAUCAUCCACGAAAUGCUGGUGGAUCAUUGACUAAUGCGCCACUAAAUAUCCAUGGUUACCCACUAAGACCGGGUGAGAAAGAAUGCUCCUAUUAUUUGAAAACGGGGCAGUGCAAAUUUGGGAUAACUUGUAAAUUCCAUCAUCCUCAACCAGCUGGCAUGUCAAUGCCUGCAGCUGCACCUCCAUUUUAUCCGACGGUGCAGUCUCCUUCAGUUCCUAUACUUGAACCAGCAGCUGGGUCAUCCCCCAACUAUAGGGUAGCUAGGCCUCCUCUUGUACCUGGUUCUUAUGUUCCAGGGUCUUAUGGUCCUGUGCUUCUUUCUCCUGGAGUUGUUCCCAUGCCAGGCUGGGGUUCUUAUUCGGGGCCUGUAAGUCCCGUUUUAUCGCCUGGUGGUCAACCUGCUGCUGGAGGAGGUUCUGUAUAUGGAGUGACCACACUAUCACCUUCUACACCUGGUCUAGCUGGAUCUUAUGCUCCUCUUCCAUCUUCUGCUGGGAAGUCAGUCACAGAACAUAAGUUUCCAGAGAGACCAGGUGAACCUGAGUGUCAAUACUAUUUGAAGACCGGGAGUUGUAAAUUUGGUGCCUCUUGUAGAUAUCAUCAUCCACCAGACCGGGGUGCGUCUGCUGCAGCCUGUUUUCUUGGGCCUCUGGGUCUGCCCCUACGUCCAGGUACACAACCUUGCACCUUCUAUAUGCAAAAUGGAUACUGCAAAUUUGGGCCCACGUGUAAGUUUGAUCACCCAGUGGGUAUGAUGAAAUAUAGUCCAUCAGCUUCAUCUCUUGCUGAGACACCAGUUGCACCCUAUUUGAGUGGACCUCCAUUAGUUACUUUGCCUCUUUCACCGUCAUCCACAGAGCUCAUUCCAGAACAUGCUUUAGGGUCACAGAGGGAUUUACAAUCAAAUAGAACAAUGUCAUCCGGUAGCUCUUCUGUUGGUUUAACUUCGUCUAACGUCCAACGAUCUGGCCAAGGUCCUGCACUGUUAAGCAGUAGCAGAAGCAUGGGAGAAGAUGAUGAAGUUCGUCACUCAAGUUAAAGUACAUUCUUGAUGCCAUUCUCUUUUAUUGCUGAGACCUUAAAGCAGCACAUACCAAGCCACCCAUCCACCACUGUCUCAGUUGUUAUAUAAUAUAUCAAGUCAUCUAUCCUAAGUGACUUCUAUUGUUGUCAAGUUCAGGUAAUGACAGCCCUGUCGAAUACCUCCCACUUUAGGACUGAAAUAUAAUCCUUACUGUUGAUAAUAGCUUUCAUAUAUGCUCAGAACUUCAGAAUGCAUAAUAAAUUAAUGUAGCAAUUAGCUCUGUGGACUCAUGUCAUCGCUAUUUGGUAAUAAUUCAACGGAAGCGUGCUCUAUAGCCCUAGUUGCUAUGCUUCCCCGUGAGACACUACUCCUUUUGCCAGACAUUGUUAGACAUUCUGUAAAUUUGAUUACUCUUGUGAAGUUAUUUUUCCAUGCUAGUUGUAUUUGAGCUCUAAUUUUUUCCAGGGAUUUUGUGUAUUAUUUUGUAUAAAACGUCCUGCGUGGAUACCCCAUGGUAAUGCAUAAUUAUUGGAAUAGAAAAUAAUGAAGAAAAUCAUGUUCGCGAA